UGAUGUUAAUACUGCAUUUUAUCAUAUCUCUUACCAAAAUGAUUUAAAUAUCUUUGAUGUCUCAGUGUGAACAUGUUAUUUAUUGUGAAUAUCAAUCCUGAACAAUCUCGUGUUUUGAUGGUGUGGGCAGUUAUGAUUAACAGAACAUUGUGUCGAAAUAUUAAAGCCAAUGGGCCAGACGUGAAAUUCCAACCCAAAUUGAUUUUCUUAUUGUGCCUAUGCAUGAUAUUGGCAUUUAUUUUUGUGUUUCAGGGAGUUAAAUCAAACAUACCUCGACUCUCUUGGAGUUGCCAUGUUGGAAGGGUUUCUAGAACCUUAUCAUAAAAGGCCACUUACCAUGGGAGAGAUUGGUUGUUUCCUCAGCCACUAUUUCAUAUGGGAAGAUGCAGCAAAAAACAAUUACCAGAAAGUCCUUGUGUUUGAGGAUGAUGUGAGAUUUGAGCCAUUCUUUGUCACAAAGCUGCAGUCUUUACUUAAAGAAAUUGAAGACAAUAAACUGGAAUGGGAAUUAAUCUACCUGGGUAGAAAACGGAUGUGGCAUGCUGAUGAACCGCCAGUGGAUGGUUUCCAGAGUCUGGUAUGGGCAGAUUAUUCCUACUGGACACUCAGUUAUAUGGUUUCUCAACAGGGGGUCAAGAAACUGCUGGACCAGAAACCACUGGGAAAGAUGUUACCUGUGGAUGAAUACAUCCCCAUUAUGUUUGACAGACAUCCAGAGGAAAAAUGGAAGAAUCAGUUUUCACCAAGGAACCUCAAAGGAAUGUCGACAUCUCCUUUGUUAGUUUUCCCCACACACUAUACAGGGGAAAAUAACUAUAUAUCGGACACAGAAGACUCUCAUGUGAUCAGUGAAGAACAAGAUCAUUCAAAUGAAGAUUUAGAAGGCAAACCAGAGGGACCAAGGUUACCCAACAUUCUGGGACCGGAUACAAGAGAUGAAUUAUAGUGAAGAUUCAGUGUAUGUGGUUCCAUCUCACACAGCUAUUAAUUUUUUUUCUUUUUAAGAAUCUCCUUAAGUAUAGAUUUUUUUUCACAGGUCAAAGACUCUGAGAUAACCACUCCUUUAGUUUUCUUUUAUAUCUGUUUGAAAUAUUUUAAGUUAAGAUAUCAUUUGAGAAAUGUUUGGAAUUUUUAUCGGAAAUGUCACAAUUUCAGUUUAAUUAGAUUCAAGCAAAACGGUAAUAUUAACCUUUUGUCACUAGUAUAAUUGUUUUAUUUUUUAAUGCACAUUUUAAGGCAAUGCAAAUGUACAUAGCUGUAUGAUUUAUUAGUUGUUUAGACUGUAUUUCAGUGCAAUUUAGUCGAUACCAGUGUCAUAGCAUUGAAAAUGAUGGUACCUAUAGCAUUUUCAGCUUAUUGGGCUUCCUAUAGAUAAAAGUGGCUACCAAGGAAAAAUUAAAAAUUACAUUUAUUAAAUUUGUCAGCUUUUAUGAAUAUUGCAUGAUUGAAUACAAAUGAUACUUGCCGAACAGGAAAAUAUUGCAUAUUAAUUUGUUUAAGUGAUAUUACUUUGUUUUUCAAAAAGUGUACAAUUUUUUUUUCCAAAUGAAUUGUGGUAACUUUUGUAAGUGAUAAUAUGAAAGUUCCCUUUAUGGCAUUUGUCAUUACUUUUUGUCUUACAAAAUACUGAAAAAAAGUAGUUAGAAUAGUUGAGGUUGUUUUAUGGAUUUUUAUUUAUGAAAUUGCAAUCAUUAAUAAAUUCUCACACAGACUCCAUUCUCGAAGUUAUAUGUGGAAUAUUGGAUCAGAAAAGUUAUCAAUCAGGUAUAAUAUAUUGUGAUGUCUCUUUCUUUUGGGUAGCAUGUUUAUGGUGAGAUUUUUUGUGUUAUGUGAUCAUGGCCUUUUUAUUCCUUCUUUCUUUUUCUGGGGUCCUCUUAACCCCACAAUACUUAUUAUAAGAUAUUGAUUGUGAGCCUAUCAACAUUUUAUGUCUCCAGCAAAUGAAUACAACAUACUUUUAGUGUGUUUCCAUGUUCCAAAGCCUGAUAUAGAUUGAAACUAAUGUAGACUAUGUAUAAUUAUGUAAAUUAUACAGACUGAUAUUUUAGGAGAAAGAGGUUUCUUUCCUUACAUCUUGAUGAGAUACUAUUUAGGUUGAGAUUUAUAAAAUCAAAAGAAAACUCUAAUCUAGAGUAGAAAUAUGUGAAACUGUUUACAUUUAAAUUUAAGCAUAAAGCAACAAUAGUUUUUUACAAGGGCACACUCCCACGUUUAUUUGUAGCAGUAAGAGGUUCUUCAGUACUCAAAAUGGAGUCCAUUUACUAAAGUGGUUAGUUAUUUGUUAUAAUUGUUUGUGUUUUGCAGCUCUGAGGGGUUAUUUUUCUGCAAUAUGGCAAUCAUUAGGAAAUUAUUUUUUGGGUUAUUUGUUUAAAGUGUGUUUGGAAAAAUGCUAUGGCGCACACAGGAAUGCGCAGGCACGUGCAGAUGUUAAUAUAUAUUCGUAGCAGGGUGUGCAGUACUCGAGUGGAGUCCAUUUAUUUAGAGUAACUUGUAAGUCAGGUCAUUAAUUUUUCAGCUUGGGAGGUUUUAUUUUUAUGCAGUAUUGCAAUAAUUAGGGAAUGGUUUGGGGGCUUUGGCAAAAUGCUAGGAAUUGAAUUUGUCUGCUUUGUUUGUUCUGUCUAUGUAGAUUUUGCAUAGGGAAUUCACGUUUAGGUAAUAUAGCAAACUGUACAGCAUUACUUUUAAAGUUUAUAAAUCGAAUGCAACUGAACUUUGACUGUGAAAAUGUAUGAAUGUGUGUAAGUGCUUAGUUAUGUGAUAUUGUUGGAAGAUUGCUUUGUAGAUAUCAAGCUUUUUGUUCUGAACAUUAGGUGAUUUGUAAAGUAAAUUUACUCUGUACAAAACUUUUUUCCAUUGUAAAAAUACUCCAACCAAAAGAUACUUCAGUUAUGACAGAAUGAUUGCUAGACACAUUCUCUUUGAUUUUUAGCCUUGUUUUCAUUAGAAUCUUCUAUACAGCAAUUAUCAAACAAUAAAAAAUAUACUCCAAAUGUUACUUUGACAUAAGAUAAGUUGGUAUGUAACUGGAGUUAUGUUUGUGCAAAAAAAUCUAAGUUUGUCAUUAUAAAAACAAUAAACAUAGGUUUAAAAUAUUUUAGCUUGUAGUUUGGUCAGAAAAACUAUGUAUAUGACUGUAUGAGAGUGUGGUAGAGGGUAUGGGAAGUUGUGAUAUUAGAGUAGUAAAUGUAGUUUGGUUUUUUUUUUCAAUCAUUAGCUUUCGAAUUAGAAUAGUUACAUAAUUUUAGUGGUCAGAAUCAUGACAAGCAUUGUUAGAAUUUGGGUUUAAAGAAAAAGCCAGAAUAAAGCACAGUCUUGUGCUUAAGAAUAAA